GGAGCAGUUGUGGCAAAGACCGUGGCGCACAGCAGCAGCAGCAGCAGGCAGCAGCUGAGCGGAGAGAGAGGAGCGCGCAUGAAAAACGGUCUUGGAGAGACCAGAGUCAUUCCCAUCACUCUCUGCCGGCCAGUCAGACCGCAGACAACAUCACAGGGUGACUGAAUGUUGCACAACGGAGGCUGACCCCGAAAAAGAAACGCAUUAGGAGCGAUAAACACCUGAGGACCGUCGCAACAGGGGAGCGUGACUGACUUCUCCCCCAUGGAGGAGAGCGCAGAGAGGGUGAGCUCCGUCUCCUUCACUCGGUACCAAGAUACAAGUUGGAUGUAUGAAGGAGAGAUGUAGAUUUUUAUUUACAUUUGUUGGUGGACUGAAUAUUUCCUCCAGUUUGAUUUUUUGGAUGCAGUUAUUUUCCAAAUCAUCCAAGACGUCGCCGCGGCACCCGGAGCUGUCCACACCGAGAGAGCGCGGCGCACGCUGUCUGAGGAACGAGAAACUAAAGCUUUCAUUUUAAAGAUUUCCUCUGGCAGGGAUGAUUUAGGUGGGUGGCCCAAAUAACACAUGAAUGUCUUUCUGAAAGCCGAGCGCUCGUUUUGCUGCGUCCGCACAAAUGCGCACGCAAACUAAACCAAACGAAGAGGAGAAAGAAGAGAAACGACCUCGCAUCUGGAGUACAGAGACAUGUCAGCGUAACAUAGAGCAGCUGUUGUUUUGAUGUGUUUUCCCUCCAUGCGAUGAAUUAGACAUUCAAGAUGUAUCUCUGAUAUCAAAGUGGACCGUGGAGGACUUCUGAAUGCCGUUUCCAGCCUAAUUUUUUAUGUUUUAUUUUUUGGCUCACCACUCAGGUGGAAACGUUGGCAGGAGGCUGUUCCGUGCACUGACAGGGAGCUGCGUUCAAAGACAUCAUAAAUUAAAAAAAAUAAAAAUAUAACACCUAGCAGCUGGGGUGGAUCCGCGUCGAUAGAGGCACCAAUAUAAUCACACGGACACGCCUCGAGGAUCAUUAAACAAAUCAGAUAAACGCAGCGCGAAAACCAUCGAUAGGAGUUAUUGAUGAGGUGGUAUAUAAGGCUAAUGAUUGGCCAAGCCUCUGUUUACUCAGCUCGGCAACAAUACAGUGUGAAACUUUUGCUGAGAGCUUGACAGCAGACGCACGCAGCGAGAGGAGAGCCUGGACUUUUAUUCUUCAUGUCAUUUUUUUUUACUGCUGCUCUUCAUCACCACGGUGCUGAUUGGAAAAGAAGAAAAAAUAACAAUCAAGCAGUGCAAACAACGGCUGGAAUAUUCCUCCUCCUCUUCCUCUCCCAACUAGAAUGUCUGCUGCCUGUGCUGCAGGAAUUCAAGAACCAGGCAUUCUUCCGCUGCCAGAGAUCUUUUUGAAAUAUUUAUAGCAGCUCUCCUGUAAGGAUGGUGCUUGUGACAAGGAGCCUAUGGAUGACCCAGUCCGUGGGAGAGCUGGUGCCGAGACAGUUGACCUCUCCACCAGCCACGCCGUCCGCCUAAAACCCCUCCCCAGAGAGGCGCCGCUGCUGCAGGCUGGGGAUGUGAUGGGGUGACUGUUGACACCCGCCUCACCCACCCCCUCUCUCACUUUAUUAGCAGUGUAAUAUAAACAAUGGAUCAGAAUUUCUCAACGGUUCGAGAUGGCAAGCAGCUGCUCCCGGAGAGAGACUCGUCCAAGCGCGUGCUGACGGGAUGCUUCCUCUCCCUCCUCAUCUUCACCACGCUGCUAGGCAACACGCUGGUGUGCGUCGCCGUCACCAAGUUCCGACACCUGAGGUCGAAGGUCACCAACUUCUUCGUCAUCUCUCUGGCCAUCUCCGACCUGCUGGUGGCGAUCUUGGUCAUGCCGUGGAAGGCGGCGACCGAGAUCGUGGGGUUCUGGCCGUUUGGCGCGUUCUGCAAUGUAUGGGUGGCGUUUGACAUCAUGUGCUCCACCGCCUCCAUCUUGAACCUGUGUGUGAUUAGUGUCGACCGUUACUGGGCCAUCUCGAGCCCCUUCCGCUAUGAACGCAAAAUGACCCCUAAAGUAGCCUGUCUGAUGAUCAGCGUGGCGUGGACCCUUUCCGUCCUCAUCUCCUUCAUCCCUGUUCAGCUUAACUGGCACAAAGCUCAGGCCACAGGCUUCUCAGAGCUAAAUGGAACGUACACCGGUGAGCUGCCCGAUGACAACUGCGACUCCAGCCUUAACAGGACCUACGCCAUCUCCUCCUCCCUUAUCAGCUUCUACAUACCCGUGGCGAUCAUGAUCGUCACCUACACCCGGAUCUACCGCAUCGCCCAGAAGCAGAUACGGAGAAUAUCUGCCCUGGAGCGAGCAGCAGAGAGUGCCAAAAACCGCCACAGCAGCAUGGGGAAUACAUCGAACAUGGAGAGCGAGAGCUCAUUCAAAAUGUCAUUCAAACGAGAAACCAAAGUCUUAAAGACGCUCUCGGUCAUCAUGGGAGUGUUUGUGUGCUGCUGGUUGCCCUUCUUCAUCCUUAACUGCAUGGUUCCGUUCUGCGAGCCGGACGGUGCCCAGGACUUCCCCUGCUCCAUCAGCUCCACCACCUUCGACGUGUUUGUCUGGUUUGGCUGGGCAAACUCCUCGCUCAACCCCAUCAUCUAUGCCUUCAACGCCGACUUCCGCAAGGCCUUCUCCAUCCUCCUGGGCUGCCACAAGCUCUGUCCGGGGAGCAACGCCAUCGAGAUCGUCAGUAUAAACAACAAUAUGGGCGCCCCUACCUCGAACCCCAACUGUCAGUAUCAGCCCAAGAGUCACAUCCCAAAGGAGGGCAACCAUUCAGCCAGCUACGUGAUCCCCCACAGCAUCCUGUGUCAGGAGGAGGAGUUGCAGAAGAAGGACGGAUGUGGAGGGGAGGUCGAGGUGGGGAUGGUAAACAAUGCCCUGGAGAAACUCUCCCCAGCCAUCUCUGGGAAUUUAGACAGCGAUACAGAGGUCACGCUGGAAAAGAUCAAUCCCAUCACGCAGAACGGACAGCAUAAAGCAGUGUCGUGUUGAGGAAAGGCGGAUCAGAUGUAUGCAUGAGGGGAAGGAGAGCUUUCACAGAGGGACAGCAAAGGAGCAGGAGAGACAGACGUCUGCCUGACAGGGAAACAGUGAGUGGGAUAUACAGGACCUUAAGACUGUCGACACAAAUCUACAUGGAAAAACCUACAGAAUGUUUAAAAGUAAAGGCACUUUAUCCUGGAUAUAACUAUCUGCAAAAUAACAUUCAGCAUUUAUUGAUGAAAUUGACACAUUUGAUGAUAAAUGUUGAUAAUGUGAAUAUUAAAGCAGAACACUAGCUACGUGCACAUGUAUACUUUUUUUUACAUUUACAAAGACGUAUACAUCUGCAUUUGUAUACUGUACAGUACCGACACGAUCGUGCAAGGACUUCAACACGGUAUAUACAGGUGGAGGAAGAUGUAGUAACUAUUAGCAAAAUGUCUUGUAGGUAGGCGCUUUGUACGUGUUUCAUGGGAGAGAGAACAAUGUGGCUGUAUUGGUUUUUUCGGUGCAGUAUAAUUAGUUUAUUGCAGUUAAUUCUCUUCGGUACAUUUUUUUUAACAACAGUUUAAUUGCAAAAUCAAAAACAGCAGUGGUGAUUUGUGUGAGGUGAAACUGCUUUCCAACACCAAAGUAUUGUGAUUCAAACUAAACAGGAAGUGGGGCAGACGAAGGAGUUCAACACCGUCAUCUGAGCUGGCGUAGAAACGUUUCAUCUGUACGACUCCCUUUUUCCCUCGAUACCACCACCCAUGUUCUCUUGCAGCAUCUCCAGAUUCUUUUAAAACCUGAAAUGUUCACAGGUCGACUGAUGUUUGUGUGUGAGAGAGAGAAGUCCUCCUCCUCUGGUCUACUUUCCUUCCCUCGUCCCCUCCUAUGAUCCAUCCUCAGCCGUGUCCUCCUGGGACAGAUCAGACUUGCUCAACUGAAGUUUCCUCCAUUUGUUCUCCCCGCUCCCUGUUUUCAUCAGCUUUGUCUCCCCUCACCGCCGCUCCGGAGCAAACCCUCUCCAGGGCCCUGCGGUCUCCUCUCCUUUUUCUGUUUCCCUGCUCUCGUUUCCUCAGUCAGCGAAGUCCCUUCCUCUCUCACGCCGUCCCUGUUUCUUCACCUCCUCUCUCCUCUCUCCUCUCCCUCAGUCAGCAGCGUCCUUCACUCCUGCACCAAACCUUCCUUUUAUGUAUUCUUUUGCGUCUCCUCCUCACGGUCUCCUUUGGCAGUCCUCCAUUUUAAGUCUUACUCCAGCCGGCUUAAAGUGGCACUAAUGAGUCUAUUUUUGGCAAACGGUGUUAAAAACGGUCAAUAAUUAGAACAAAAGGACGUAAAUGUGUGAACUAAAACUCUGGCACUUGGACGGAGGAGGCAGAGAGGCAGCAGCAGAGUUCACUCAGCUAUGACGCAAGUGACACUUUGUGACCUUUUGCAAACUUGCAGAUAUCUGAUUUUGUGAAUUGCUCAUGCUGGGAGCCGUGCUGUGCUGUAGUGGCGAUGCAAAGCAUGCGGAGUGACAGUCGUUCUGUUUGUAUCGGUGGAGUCCAAAGCCAGACCAGCAGGAUGAGGAUUACCUUUGAGAUGUCAGACACAUUUUAAUUGCCUCUCCCACUAAUCUGUUUAUACACAUUAGCAGGAGGUCAGCCCUUGACAAAAGUGAGUUUUGAGCAAGUCACACCUUACUAAAGCUGCAAGAAAAUUAAUCUUCAGCUAUUUGAGCUCGUUUUCAAUCAAAUAUUUUAUUGGUUCCAGCUUGUUAAAUGUAACAAUUUGUUGCAUUGAAGAGUUUUGCCAGCUUUGGACUGCUCGCUGGACUUGUGUUUUCAGGUUUUUUAUAGAUUAAACAGUCAUGAAAAUAAUAAGCAGAAUAAUUAAUAAUAACAGUGGUGGUUUGUUUCAGCCUUAGUUCUGACCUUGAAAUGCUCCUGAAACACAGAUUUGCACUAAAACAUUGUUCUAAAUACUCAGAUCGGCCAUGUUUGUGCUCCAUUCUUUGCACUGACUGUUACACAGUAAACCUCAAGAGUUGACUUUAGUUUGAAAAUGUCAGGAAGCCGAUUCCCCCAGUUAAGUCAACUCAUAAAUUGAAAGUUAUACGAGCUAAAAACUUUACUUUACUUGGUGAUGUUGAGGGAAUCGGAUUGUCAGAUUCAACGUGGUUUAGCAAAGAUAAUUUCACCUCCAUGUUUGAGUGUAAAGACUAAUAUUUGAUGAUGGUGAUUAACAGUUAAUCCUGAGAAGUAAUCUGACAGUUGCAGAGUCAAGUCCUUUUAAAUUGUAAAACUCUACUUUAAUUCUGAGGUAACUGGUUUCCUGGCUUUAUUAAAGUAGGGUCAACUUUUAAGAUGCACAUCUAAAUUGAUUAAAGGUUUGCUAAUGUUACGUGAGAAUAGUUACCAUAAGCUGCUGGUCACAUCAGACAAAGUAAAGCUGAGUGAACAUUAUCGUUUGUGGAAAACUGUUUUUCACAAGUGACAAUUUGUUGCUCUGAGUUUGAGUUCAGUGUAUUUACACACAUUAACAUAAAACACGAGGACAAAGAACGUAAGACUAUGAAUGUAGGGAUCGGGGUAGUUCAUUUGUUUUCUCUGUCUGAUUUAAUUUAAAGCAUAAUUCAUUAUGUCAAAGAUUUAAAUGUUGAAUUAAAUUAAAGGUGCAGUACGUAGUUUCGGGAGAGAAAGCUCGCCAAACUAAAACAAACUACAGACAAACUCUCGUUGUUUUCACGACUGAAUAAACAAACUGACCUUAAAGGAAAACACACUUUCAUACUCUUUUACUCUGUUUAUAUGUGGCGGACCCUGCCACCUCUCUAGCUUCAUCAGUGUUCUGGGACCUUAUUCUCCUCUCAGCUUGUUUACUCAGUUAUGUAAAAGAUAAAUAUUUCUGACGUGUUUUUACCUCAUUAAUAUUGUAAAUAUUGAAAUCCUGACUACACAGUGCCCCUUUUAAAUUGCAUAUUUGCUCAGUGUUUAAGUCAUUGCAGAGUCGGUGCGUGACAGACAUGAUUAGGGAGCCAGACUUACUAAGCUCUAUAACCGCAGCCGACACGGCGCCGCUCUGUUGUGUCCUGUGUUGCCGGGGAAAGAAAGCUCGGCAGCACGCCUUCUGAGAUCAUGUGCUGGGCGUCCACCGUGUGCUGUGUGUGUGUCCACGAAGGCGUGAAACUGUUGCGCAUCAGAGAAAGGAAGAGCUGAUCCAAUAGAAAGCAAUUGGUCUUGAACGAAGCAUUUGAUUUUCCUGCUCUGGAAAAUCCAAUGCUAUCUAGAUGGCAACAAAGGGGGGGAAAGCUUUUAGCUCAAUAUGUGGCUCGGCUUGUGACACAAAAGCCAACUCGCUGUCCUCUCUGCUGCCCCCAUGUCCUCGGCUCCUCCUGGCUGCUGCUCCAUCAGUUUAAAAUGGACAUUGAUGAGCUGGAGUUUUGAUUUUUCUUUUUUUUGUUGCAUAUUAUGAAUAAAUCAUAUUUUCCUAGUGCUCAAAUUCUAUUUCCAAGUGCCAGGACACACCAGAAUGUCCCUCUCUGCCUCUGAGUCCUCAACCAUAUCAGUUCACCCUCCCUCCUCUCUCUCUUCAUCACUUCCUCUUAAUUUACUCCCUAAUUAUUUCCAAACACAAGCCGGCUUAAACAUGCGAUAAAACAUGAACGGCACAUAAUUUGCCAGGAUUAGACGUGGAGGGGAACUGCCUCGGGGGAAAGAUCCUCCGCACCCACCCUCUACCCUCCUUUUUCUCCAUCUCCUCUCCUUUUCUCUUGGCUGCCUCCAUCGACUCGAUGAGCGUUCCUGAUGUUAACACAGAUUGAAUUUAUUAUUAAACAGACAGGGCCUACUGCUUCCCUGCUGUAGUUUGAGUCAAAGCGAUGAAUCAAAGACCCACCUGGCUGUUAUUAUUAUUAUUAUUAUUAUUAUUAUUAUUAUUAUUAUUAUUAUUAUUAUUACUAUUAUUAUUAUUAUUAUUACUAUUAUAUUUUGAGUAUUGCCAAAAUCUUUGGCUGAAUGUGGCUGUACUGUAGCUGUGAUUAAACCAGUGUUUUAUAAGCUGAAUUUUCGGGGGGUGUGGGUGCUUAAAUCUGUGUAGAGAUUAAUCUGCCAUUUGUUGUGACAUCAUUGGCAUUUACACGUUUACCAGAUGUUCUUCCGUAUAUGCUGUACGUUCACAUUUAUAGAGACAUACCUCCAGCCGAGAGAUGAAACGAUCUCUGCUGUAUUGUGGCUCCAUGUUAAUCCCCCCCGAGCCCUCACCUUGUCAACUCAGUGAGUCAUCUUUGCAGAUGCCGCUGCUUUGAUUCUGGAGAAGGACGAUGUCAGGCAACAGUCCCACGAGCAAAAUGUUUUGUUUGAUCCGGAGCGUUUCCUCCAGGCUGCCCUACUAGUUGCUUUGGGGGAGCUGCGAUGACAGUACGCGGACUCUCAGUCAGUGUAGUAACAUGAUGUAUGACAACUUAAGCAAAUCUGACAGUGCAGAAUCUCUCCUCUUCCUCCAACGACGCAGCAGACGUUGGGCCAAACAUCACUCCCAGGCCCCGAGACUGUGGAGGCAUUUAAACGUCCAUGUUUCCAGCUUACGUAACGACGGAGCCCCUACCUCGAAAUCAAUUCAGUGACAAAGCUUCAUGUAAAAAAAACAAAAACAAAAUAAAAGUACAAAAAAAAGAGUACAGUUUGCAGUAUUUAGGGUUGGGGAGUGCAGGGAUAGAGUAUUGUACAAUGAUGUUCAAAAUGUAGUCGUGAUGAACACAAGUGCUUUUUAUCUUCAGAAAUCCUUAAUGUGUGUAGCAGACUUACAUGCUGUAUGUUUUCUCCAGUGUGGGAUUAUUAUUUACAGUAAGAUGCGACAGUCACUGACUAUUUAUAUAUUUAUUUAUUUACAUGUUUCUGGUGUUCAUUCAUGAAAGUGAUGUCAAAGAUUAUAACCCUCAGAAUAAUUACAGUAUUUAGUUUACAGUUUGUACAAAAAAAACGUGCCCUUCUUGUAAAAUAAACAUGUAUGUAUUUUUUUUUUCA